UUUACAUUGGAGGAAAUCUGGACUUGAAGCUAAGCUCCUCACUGAAGGAAGCUGCUGCUGCCAACGCCCGGCGAAGCAGACAGCGUUGCCAAGAUAUAGAGAGAUAUUGCUAUUGCAAGCAUAGUCAGAGAGCACAGAGAUGCAGACUAUCAAAUGCGUUGUGGUCGGUGAUGGAGCAGUGGGUAAAACAUGCCUUCUGAUUUCAUACACCACCAACAAAUUCCCCUCCGAGUAUGUGCCAACAGUGUUUGACAACUAUGCAGUAACUGUAAUGAUAGGUGGUGAACCAUACACCUUAGGCUUGUUUGAUACCGCUGGUCAGGAGGACUACGACAGGUUACGACCACUAAGCUACCCUCAGACAGAUGUUUUCUUAGUCUGUUUCUCAGUUGUUUCACCCUCCUCUUUUGAGAAUGUUAAAGAAAAGUGGGUUCCAGAAAUAACUCACCACUGUCCCAAGACCCCAUUCCUUUUGGUAGGGACUCAGAUUGACCUGCGAGACGACCCCUCCACAGUGGAGAAGCUAGCCAAGAAUAAACAGAAGCCAAUCACCCCGGAGACAGCAGAGAAGCUGGCCCGGGAUCUUAAGGCGGUCAAAUACGUUGAGUGUUCAGCCCUAACGCAGAAAGGAUUAAAGAAUGUGUUUGAUGAGGCAAUACUUGCUGCCCUGGAGCCUCCUGAACCUAAGAAAAAGCGUAAAUGUGUACUGCUCUAAGUAUCGUCCAGCCUUGGCUCGCCACACCAGCUUGUAAAUGUAGGUUGACGGUAUUGAAGAGAUCCAGUCAUUGCUUUAGCUGGAAAAUCACAUUCCAAAAUAAGUUGAGAUAUGAAGUACAUGGGUCCUGUUAGACUCAGUCAACCAGUCCACAUAUGUUUGAAGUGUUGAACGUGAAAGGUGACGUUUUUAGCAGUGCUGUUGGAGAUGAUUUGAGAUUUUCAUACAUGACAUGAACACUGGAUAGUUUAAAUGGAGCCAUUUAAUAUGAGUUAUCAACAUUUGCAAAAACACUUUUGACUACAGUAUGUUUACAGUUCUUAAUUUUGGUAAUAGUAUAUGCUUACAGCUAUACUAAAACACUUAUAUAUCUUAAUAUGGUGUUUUCAUGGAACCACUGUUGACAUAAUGUUUGAGUAGUGCUAAUGAACUUACAUCACUGGCAGUUGUGUGUCUAUUAUUGAGCCGACAAAGGCACACAGCUCCUGAUAAUGACGAUAGAUCAGUGAGGUGCUCUAGUAAUGUCUUAGUAUUUCCUACAUCUGUUGCUUCUUUAUCUUUUCCAGUGCCACAGUCUUUAUAUCAUUCCCAUUUAAGAUUUUUAUUUGAAAUCUGUAUGCAUCCCUGGUGCUUCAUACUCAGCUUUGUUAAUACUGUAUGUAUGUAUGUGUGUGUGUGUGUGUGUGUUUUUUUUUUUUUUUUUUUAUAAAUCCCCCAUCACUGGUGUACGUUUUGGCAAUUAAAAUCCAGGGAAAGUCAUAGAAGUCGAAAGUUGUUGUUUCCAAACCUGGACAAGUUGUGAAAAUUAUAAACUUAUGAAGAUUUCUGGAGAAACAAAGGAAAUGUUCUUGUUUAUCAUGAUUAUUUUUUUUCCAACUUGGUUAAAUCCUCCUACAAACCAAAUCCUGCACUCUUGGCAGUGUGGCAAAGUAAGCUUUGGAGGAGUAUGACAUCUGGAGAUUGUGCUCCAUGUUCUAGUUUGCCAAAUCAAAUCAGGAGGACACUCAUCAAGAGAAAAAAAACCCCCAAAAAACUGAAGAUGCUCACACAUAAGUGGUAAAUGGAUGAGAUUGUAAAAAAAAAAAAAAAAAAAAAAAUUGCACUCCAUUGCUACAUAGUCACAUUUUUUUGAUUGACAUUUGACUUGUUUUAGUGGUAAAAUAUAGCCACAGUUCAUUCAUAAUUGGAUAAGGAUUAAGCACAAAUCUAUACUGUUGGCUGGUGGUUAAUGAGGUUGUGGUAAUGUGUUUCCUGAUUUCCAGUGAGCAAAAGUUGCAUUUGCUGAAUUUUGUUGCCUGCUUUUCAUUUUUGAUUCCUGGCCCUUUUUUUUUCUUUUGAAAUCCUGUAGAGACUUUUGACUGAGAGAACUAGUACUGUUUACAGGUCUAACACUA